AUGCUGGAAUACAUCAUCCAAUCAUUCGCAUUCGGCAAGAAGCCGCAAGGUUUCCCGUCAAUGCAAUCCCCAUCAUCUGACAUUAAAGUGAAAGUUGUCGGAGUCGGUGGAGCCGGCGGCAACGCCGUGUCCCGCAUGGUCACAAACGGACUCACACAGGUUGACGCCCUCGUUCUCAACACGGACAUUCAGGCACUCGCGCAUCUCAAGUCGAUACCUUCAUACGCCAUCGGCCCCGACACCGUAAACGGCAUGGGCUCCGGCGGACGCCCCGAAGUCGGCCGUCGCGCCGUAAAGGAGAGCCAAGAACAUAUAGGCGAGCUCCUCGAAGGCUCGGACAUGGUCUUUAUAGCCGCGGGGAUGGGCGGCGGCACCGGAACCGGCGCAUCCGCGACAGUCGCCGACAUCGCUCGCAAAAAGGGGGCGCUCACCGUCGGCGUGGUCACACUGCCUUUCUCGUUUGAAGGCUCGCGCCGCCGUGAAGUUGCAGAACAGGGCCUCCGCAGCCUCAAGCAAAAGGUGGACACGCUCAUAGUUGUGGAGAACGACAGGCUGCUCCCCUCGCUCAAAGGCACAGUAACGCUUGAACGAGCGUUUGACGCCGCUGACGAUGUGUUGCGUCAGGGCGUGAAGGGAAUCUCCGACAUCAUAACCGUGCCGGGCAUGAUUAACGUGGACUUCGCCGAUGUACGCUCAGUUAUGGGCAACGGCGGAGCGGCGUUUAUGGCAUACGGUGAGGGCAAAGGCAAGUGGGCUGCCAUAGAAGCGGCGCGUUCCGCACUCGCAAACCCGCUCUUCAACGCGCCAUUAGAGGGCGCGACCGGAAUCCUUUUCAAUGUCACAGGCGGCAAGGACCUCACGCUCGGUCAGGUGCAUGAAGUAGCAGAGAUUGUUCGUAAGGCGGCGAAUUCGGACGCUAACGUAAUCUUCGGCGUCGUUCAGGAACGCCGGAUGAAAAAGCGCGUCGGUAUCACCCUCAUAGGCACGGGCGUCGGCAGCGGCCAACAAGCGGCGGUUGCAAAGGAAAGUGAGAGCAGCAUCUCCCUGUCGGACGCAGAAAUCAGCAGGCUUAUGGGCGGCGCCAACAGGAAUGGCCAUUCACAUGAGACACUGGCGCAGACAGGCAAACUUCUGUAA